AAAUUCCCAACCCCACCACCCUCUCUCUCUCUGUCUCUCUCUCGGACUCUGACUCCGAUCUGCGGAGAGCCGGAGGAGGAGACCGCCGCCGCCGCCGCCGCCGCCGCGGUUGCUCUUCUCUCGUUCUCUCCGCCCGCCUCGCCACCUCGCGCGCGCGCGCGAGGGCGCGGCCGGGGACGCUGUGGGACGACGGCGUCCUCCUCGCCUUCCCGACCAGCCUCCUCCUCCUCCUCCCCUUGGAGAGGUGGCUUUCGUUCCGGUGGCCUCCUCCACCUCGGGGUCGGAUCGAAUUCGAGGAAGAGGCGGAAGGUGUAGCGCUGCUGCCCCUGCUUGGAGUGGCAUGUAGUUUUUUUUGCAAAGCUUUGGUUAUGAUUCGAUCAAUGGCAAGGAGAUGAAGGUAUCGCGGGUGUGGCAGCGGGGCAGCAAGGACAUGACAGCCAUGUCCCCUCCGCGCCAACGGGGCACCGCCAAGAAGCCCAUGUGGAUAAUCGUGCUCUUGUCGCUGGUUUGCGUCGCUCUGAUCGGGGCCUAUGCGUACCCUCCGCGGCGCUACUCCGCGUGCUACUUCUUCGCUUCGAGCGUCUGUACUCCAUUCAAGGACUGGCUCCCUGCUGUGGCCCGACGGGAGCGAACGGAUGAUGAGAUUAUCUCAUCUGUGGUUAUGAGGGAUCUCCUUACGAUGCCUAUGCCUGUAUCGAAGAAUCCAAAGAUCGCCUUGAUGUUUUUGACCCCAGGUUCACUGCCCUUUGAGAAACUCUGGGAAAAAUUCCUACAGGGUCAUGAGGGUCGAUAUUCCAUUUAUAUCCAUGCAUCACGUGAAAGACCUGUACAUUCUAGUUCUUUGUUUGUUGGCCGAGAGAUUCGUAGUGAAAAGGUUGUAUGGGGGAGGGUUUCAAUGGUUGAUGCAGAGAAGAGGCUGUUAGCAAAUGCAUUAGAAGAUGUUGAUAAUCAAAUUUUCGUCUUGCUAUCUGACAGCUGUGUUCCGCUGCAUACAUUUGAUUACAUUUAUAAUUAUUUGAUGGGAACGAACGUCAGCUUCAUUGAUUGCUUCCUUGAUCCUGGACCACAUGGAAGUGGAAGAUAUUCUGCGGAAAUGUACCCUGAAAUAGAACAGAGGGACUUCAGGAAGGGUUACCAGUGGUUUACUGUAACACGAAGGCAUGCUUUACUGAUUUUAGCAGACCACCUGUACUACAAUAAGUUUGAGCUGUAUUGCAAGCCAGCAGAGGGACGCAACUGUAUUGCUGAUGAGCAUUAUUUGCCAACCCUCUUCAAUAUGGUUGAUCCUGGUGGAAUAUCAAAUUGGUCAGUCACACAUGUUGAUUGGUCUGAGGGAAAAUGGCAUCCAAGAUCGUAUAGAGCUGCAGAUGUUACCUCUGAACUCUUGAAGAACAUAACGGCUGUCAAAGACAAUUUCCAUAUUACAAGUGAUGAUAAGAAAGCUGUGACAACGACCCCCUGUAUGUGGAACGGAACAAAGAGACCAUGCUACCUUUUUGCUAGAAAGUUUUACCCAGAAGCUCUCAACAACCUACUGAAGCUAUUCUCCAGUUACACAUCCACAUGAGUUCUACACGAUUCUUUGCCUUUGGCCUAGGAUUCCCCUGGGAUUUACUUUUCUUCUUCUGCUUUAUGUAAAUUGUGAAAUCGAUACUUAGCUGCGUAACACAGAUCCAGGCUUGGCCAGAGAGACAUGUCAUCGCUGCUGCGGCAAUGGCGAUGUCUUGCAAUUCUGAGUCCCUAGGUAGGGCUGAGGCGAUAUUUAUUUAGUUUUGACACAGCCCUCGUUGUAACAAGUUGUGCUCUUUUUGUAUGUUGGCUACGAGCUCUUCACGUCCACAUCUUCUCUCUCCUUUCUAAUUGUUCCCUAGCUCCCAUCUGUUGAGGAAUAGGGGUUUUGUCAGAUUGAACUGUUAUUAUAUGAUCCAUUCUUUGUAGGCAUGAAGAGAUUACGACACAACACAACUUUACAAUUAAUCUGCCCUCCUCAUUGAGUUGUGUU